AUGGGUUCUCUCUCUUUUGAUCCCAUCAGUAGACUCCCACAGAAUACUUGCUCCUCUCAGCGUUUUGGCAAGGCCCCAAUGGGUUUUGUACUUGCAGCUGGCAAAUGCUGCAGCAGUAGGGUGGAGAAUGACCAAUAUAAUGAAGUUGGUGAUGAUAGGAGAAAACACAAACGCAAUGCUGCACAUAUAGAAAACACUAAGGAGAGUUUAGUGAGCGGGAAAGAAACAAUUGAAGGUGGGAAGUCGAAGGUUUGUAAUAGAGGUCAUUGGAGACCAGCAGAGGACUCUAAACUUAAGGAACUUGUUGCUCUUCAUGGACCUCAAAACUGGAACCUUAUAGCAGAAAAGUUGCAAGGAAGAUCAGGUAAGAGCUGUAGAUUGAGAUGGUUCAAUCAAUUGGAUCCAAAGAUCAACAGAACAGCUUUUAAUGAAGUGGAAGAAGAAAGGCUAAUGGCAGCUCAUAGAGUUUAUGGUAACAAAUGGGCCUUGAUUGCUAGAUUUUUCCCAGGGAGGACUGAUAAUGCUGUUAAAAAUCACUGGCAUGUUGUAAUGGCUAGGAAAUACAGAGAGCAAUCGAGCAUUUAUAGGAGCAGAAAGCGUACCCAAGCUGGUCAAAAAAGGGUAGAGAGUGUUGUUGAUUCGGUGAGAAGAAAUACAGCCAUGAACUCAGAAGCCAACUCAAACAUUAUCUGCAGUAGCAGCAUCAUCAAACCAUCUUGCCUCCCAUUUGCACCUCCGAUUGGUGGCUCUAAUAGGUCUUGCCAGAUGACUGCAGGACUCUUGUUUUCGAGAAGCAGCAAUUUGCUCUUUCUUCACCAUGGAUCUCUUGCAGAAGAGACACCUUCUGGUUUCUUUUCAGGUCACAAGAAUGAUGAGAUUUUCAGUCACAACAAGCACUGCAAUAUGCUAAGGAGUAGCAACACAUGCACUGUUUCUGUUUUCGAUGCCAUGCAAAAAUCAAUCAGCCAUCCCUUUUUAGGUUUCUCAGACUCCAUGGCAUCACCAGCAACUCAAGCCACAGUCAGUGAACCAUCAUCAUCAUCACUAUCAGUUGCAGAGAACCCUGAAGCUAACCCUUUGGGGAUCACUGCAUCACCACCAUUUAUAGAUUUUCUUGGAGUAGGAGCCUCGUGA